UGGACCGUCCAUCAGACCGUGCAUCCAUCCGGCUGUAGAUUAGCGCAUCUCUCUGACCGCGGAUUGGUCGGCUCCCCCGCCCCGGGGACUGGUGGAUCUCUGGCGGAUCGACCUCAGCCGCUGAUUGGCUGCUGCCGCCCCGCUGUGAACUGCUCUCUCGCCGCUUCUUGUGCGAGCGCAGAACCUGCUGAGGGCGGAUUCAAGCGAAGUGCAGGGAAAUUUUGCCGUGGCUGAAAAUAAAAACGGAAGCUUUUCUGCAACGUGACAGCCAAACUUUCCCAGUCCGCUUUUGCAGCUGGUUGCCCUUUCACGGCUUCGGGUUUUGCUCAUGAAAUAACUCCGGUCCCCUCUGUCCCUGUCUCCCGUCGCCUGCGAUGUCCUCGGAACCUGAUCUCCGCAACCCCACAGCUACUCCGGCCGGGGGUCGGAACUCGCUCCCGGGCAUGGGUCGCUCGCCUGCUCCGGAGACCGCCGCGGUCGGGGCCGGCAGCCCGGUCCAACCCGCGUCGCAGAAGGGGAACCGUCCGACAGGGCCCGCCGGCCUCCAGUUCCUUGUGCAGGUGGGUCUCCACCGGGAGAGCGUGUCCCUGGGGCUUCAGGACGCCUCGGUCAGGAAAGCCAAGGAGUUUGCCCUCAGCCUCAUCCUCAAGAAGUUCCCGGACGCCACCUUCUACCAGCUCACCGCCGGGCAGCUCCUGCUCUUCCGCCACGAACUGGAGUCCGAGAACAUCCUCCGGCGGCUGAGGUCCUUCGACACCAUCCAGCAGGGAGACCUGAUUGAGGUGGUCCUGGCAGGCUCGACUCUGAAAGGGGGCAGCAACAUCUUCCCCCACGUGCUUCGCGUCCACUCCUACAGGGCCCCGGCGUUCUGUUACCACUGCGGGGAGAUGCUGUGGGGCUUGGUCAGACAGGGUCUGAGGUGCGAAGGCUGCGGGCUGGAUUUCCACAAGCGUUGUGCCUUCAAAAUCCCCAACAACUGCACGCGGAGCCUGCAGGAGGCUGCCCGCGGCGGGACGGGUGGGGCUCGCAGGCCGCCGGCCGGGGGCCGCCCCCCCUGGGUGGAGCGCCGGGAGGGGCUGGGGGUGCAGGUGCCCCACACCUUCCACAUCCACACGUACACUCGGCCCACCGUCUGCCAGCAGUGCCGGCUGCUCCUGCGGGGCCUCUUCCGGCAGGGCCUGCAGUGCCGCGACUGCAAGUUCAACUGUCACAAACGCUGUGUUGCCCUGGUUUCCAAUGACUGCUCGGGGGAGACCACCCUGAUCAACGGAGAGGAGGGUCAGAAUCCCGAGGCAGGGGAUCCAUCGGGAGAGGCAGAGGAGGAGGUCCAGGAUUCCGACUCCCAGACUCCAGAGGUGCUGGAGAACAUUCCGGACAUCACUGCGGAGCCGGGCUCCCCGACGGACACCAGCCCGGACGAUCACUCGGGACCCCUCAGCCCGACGUUCUCCAACAACAUCCCGCUGAUGCGCGUGGUGCAGUCGGUCAGGCACACCAAGCGGACGGGCAGCACCGUGCUGAAGGAGGGCUGGCUGACGCACUACAGCCAGACGGAUUCACUGCGGAAGAGACACUACUGGCGGCUGGACACGAAGUACAUCACACUCUUCCAGAACGACACCGACACCAAGUUCUACAAGCGAUUCCCACUCUCGGACGUCCAGCUGAUCCGCUCGGGCCCAGACCCUCAGCACGAGUUCGAGCUGGUCACCCGCAGCACCACGCUCUACGUGGGGGGGAGCGCCCCCACCAACACUCUGCACCCCCCGGGGCUGCACCCCUCCUCGGCGCUCAACCAGGACUGGGAGCGGGCAAUCCGGCAGGCUCUGCGGCCCGUCACCUCGCACCCCGGGCCAGACGCGGACACAGACACAGGACAGCAGACCCAGGAGAGCACGGUACAGUCCGGGGCCAAUUCCAGCAGCGAGGAUAUCGGCGCCGUUUACCAGAUAUUCCCGGACGAGGUGCUGGGAUCAGGCCAGUUUGGAAUCGUUUUCGGAGGGAAACACAGGAAGUCAGGCCGGGACGUGGCGAUUAAAGUCAUCGACAAACAGCGCUUCCCCACCCAGAGGGAGAGCCAGCUUCGCAACGAGGUGACCAUCCUGCAGAACCUGCAGCACCCUGGGGUGGUUGCGCUCGACGCCGUGUUCGAGGACCCGGAGCGAGUGUUCGUGGUGAUGGAGAAGUUGCGCGGAGACAUGUUGGAACUGAUCCUUUCCAGUGAGAACAGCCGGCUGCCCGAGCGACUCACCAGGUUCCUCACCAUCCAGAUAUUGGAAGCUCUUCGCUACCUCCACUCCAAGAACAUAGUCCACUGCGACCUGAAGCCGGAGAACGUGCUGCUGGCGUCGGACGACCCUUACCCCCAGGUGAAGCUCUGCGACUUCGGCUUUGCGCGCAUCAUCGGCGAGCGGUCGUUCCGCCGCUCGGUGGUGGGCACGGCCGCCUACCUGGCCCCCGAGGUGCUGCGGAGCCAGGCCUACAACCGCUCGCUCGACAUGUGGGCGGUGGGCGUUGUCAUCUACGUCUGUCUAAGCGGCACCUUCCCCUUCAACGAGGACGAGGACAUCAACGACCAGAUCCAGAACGCCAGCUUCAUGUACCCCGCCCGACCCUGGCAGGACAUCUCCCCCGAGGCCAUUGACCUGAUCAACAGCCUGUUGCAGGUGAAGAUUCGCAAACGUUACAGUGUGGACAAGGCCCUCAGCCACCCCUGGCUCCAGGACUUCCAGAGCUGGCUGGACCUGCGGCGGUUCGAGACACGGAUGUGCCACCGUUACCUCACGCACGAGUGCGAUGAUGACCACUGGCGGGCGCACGCCGAGGAGCACGGCCUGGAGUUCCCCGAGCACGUGGGUGCCACGUCCUGACACCGGGGAGGGGGUGGCCAUCCCACUGAUGCCCUUUCUCUGGCGGAGACAGCCCCACUCCUGCGUGACGGGGCGGUGACCCCGUCCCAGUAGCCCGCUGGGCCCUGGGGGCUCCGGUGUGGGGGAUUUAUUGACGGGUGGGGUGGUGGUGACCAUCAAAUCUGUGUUACCACUCCGCAUACCUGGAGCAGAGUAACCCCACCCCCCCAACACAACCAGGCAGAGUAGCCUCCCCCCACACUGCCCCCUGAGGGUCUCAGUAAGGGGGGGGGUGUCAGUUCUUUGGGCUUGGACUGGCAGAGUCCCGGGCUGUCCCUCCUCACAUCCAUUCCGUCCGUAUGCGCUGGAUCAUACCCAGACCCAGGAAUCAGCUGUAGAAUAAACGGAAUAAAGUUCUGAUGAAAUGUGGUUAACUCUCAGUGUCGAAUCUUUGCCUGCAGAUUGCACAAUCGCAGAAAAACCGAACCCUGCUUACUCACGCUGUCCACAGGUCCCGGUCUUUCCCACUCACCCCAGCCAUCUGUGCUUCCCAUAGGACUCUACCCCUUCCCACAUUCCCAAUAGGACCCCACCUGUUCCCAUUCACU